AUGAUCCCCGCAAGGUCCCUCCCCCUCCGCCGCCUCGCCGCCGCGCGAUCCGUACCUGGACUAGGAGUUACGGUUGCACCCCUCGCUGCGGCGCGCCGGGUCGAGGGUCAGCUCCGCUGGAGCACGCAUAACCCCAAGGAAGGCGACCUCGGUGGGCCCGGCGGGCAGGAACCUGUGCCGUCAACGAGCAGUGCCGCACAGAGCUGGCCGACAUUGGUUGCUAUUGCUGCUGUUGGACUUGGUGUUGGGAGCUAUCUUGUUCAUAUGACGGGCAAGUCCAAGGGGCAGGGGACGGUGAUGGAGAAGGGGGAGUUUGAUAAGUUGGCGGAGAAGGUUGCGUCGAGGAAGUAG